AGAGGUUUUCGCACGUGUAAUUGUGUGUGUGUGUGUGGCCGUAAGAGUGGCGGCUGAUCUUAAAGUGAUAUCGGAGUUAAAUGGACGACGAACAAGAAACAUAUCGAUUAUGGAGGAUCAGAAAAACGAUCAUGCAGCUGUGUCAUGACAGAGGUUACUUAGUGACACAGGAUGAAUUGGACCAAACCCUGGAAGAGUUCAAAGAACAGUUUGGAGAUAAACCAAGUGAACGGAAGCCUGGAAGAAGUGACCUCAUUGUCCUGGUAGCUCACAAUGAUGACCCAACAGAUCAGAUGUUUGUAUUUUUCCCUGAAGAACCAAAAGUUGGAAUCAAAACAAUAAAAACAUACUGCCAGAGAAUGCAAGAGGAAAACAUCACACGAGCUAUCAUUGUUGUUCAACAAGGAAUGACACCUUCAGCUAAACAGGCACUGGUGGACAUGGCACCCAAAUACAUUCUUGAACAGUUUUUGGAGGCGGAAUUGCUGAUUAAUAUAACAGAGCACAUGCUUGUUCCAGAGCAUGUAGUAAUGACAGCAGAUGAGAAGACAGAGUUAUUGUCAAGGUACAAAUUGAAAGAAUCACAACUACCCAGAAUUCAGCAAGGCGAUCCCGUUGCCAGGUAUUUUGGACUCAAAAGAGGACAGGUAGUCAAAAUCAUCAGGCCCAGUGAAACAGCAGGAAGAUAUGUCAGUUACAGAUUGGUUGUUUGAAAUUGAUUGCGUAUGUGACUAUCUCAUAAACUAGUUCUCACAUAAAAAAGUGUUGAUCUAAAAUUCAUCUGUGGCUGUCAGAUUUCUCAGGUACCUGGAAAAGGAUGGUUGUUUACACUGGACAGGCUGGUUCUACCCAUCGAGAAUCCUAAUAUGCUCUUAUAUAUGUGAAAAAUUUUGAGUGCACACAGUGUUUAACAUGUCAAAUGAAGAAAUAAAUAGGCUUAGAAUAACAAACUGUCAGAACAGGGGCCAUAUGUAUAUAGUAAAACACUGGCCACAUUUAGAAAGCUUGUAAUGCAUUCAUUUCAUUUAUGUUCAACUCAUUCUCAACUUAAAAUGGGUAAUUUUUUCUUUGUUUCAUAUUACCUGGUGCAGAUUUUUGUAUCAUAUUUAUGUAUGUAAUGAAAUACAGUAUUGUUUAUCAAAAGAAGUUCUUUUGCCAGGUCUUGUCCUUGU